CGAGGUUUGGCGAUCGAGCUCCGUCGAGGCUCAGUUGCUGUCCGCACCUCUCGUCUGUCGCACGGGGGAGGAGGGUCAAUCUGCCAAGACUGCUGUGAUAGUUGGAGCGCCUUCGGCUCCUAGAUCCAGCACCCGAGGAGGUCGUUGUAAUGAUGCUGCUGUUGCUGGUGGCGGCGACGGUGAGCGCGGCUUCGCUGGAGCCGGCGCUGCCCAAGGCCCACCGCAUCGAACCCGUGCCCGUCCAUAUCUACGGACCCCAGUUCCCCAGCAUCUACGGUCCGGCCAGUCAGCGGCGGGACACUCUGGAGCACAUUCUCUACGCCUACAGAUUCACUCCGUCCGAAGUCAACAUCCGCCAUAGGGGUCAGAAUCCCAUCACGUACCAGGUACCCGUCGCCCAAAAGCCCGAGUUCAACAGGGGAGACAUCGAAUCCUUCCCGGGUGCGAAUCUGGCCACUGCCUUGCCCUACAUCCAGAGAAACGUGGACGCCUACGAGGAGACGUUCGUCCGAGACGCCGUGGAGCAUGUACCCAUCGAGGCCGAGCCUUACAUGGCCGAGUACGAGGCUGAGGAGGAUGCAUUCUUCUCCCGAAGCGACGUCGAGUCCUACCCACACUUCCCGUCCGUUUACUCCGGUGGCUUCGAGGACGAGGCCAUGGACGCCUACGUGAUCGAGACCCCGAGGGACAAGUACGGCUGGGCAGGCUACAGAGCUGCCGUCGAGUCGCCUCCUCUGAGGACCCCGACGCAUGACCCCGAGGAAGCCAGGCCCGUGCAGCCACAGCUCAACAGCCGUCCCUUCGGCCCGUGGUCUGAGAACCUCCUCGGAGAAGACAUUCCCGACGACGACGUAGUAGAAGUAGGAGGGCCUUCUUCCUCCAAGAACUCGUUCGGUUCCAUAGCCGGCGCGGAUCUGUGGAAGUACUAUAAUGAUAUUAGGAGCAGGAAGUCAGACUACAAGAUGGUGUGUUAUUUCGGCGGCUGGUCCGUGUAUAGGCCCAAGCCUUUCGACUUUACGGUGACGGACAUCGAUCCCUUCUCCUGUACCCACGUCAUCUACUCCUUCGCAGGACUCAAGGCUAAUGAAUACACGAUCCAAGCCUUAGAUGAGGAAACGGACAUCGUGAAGGGGGCGUACAAGGCAGCGGUCGGCCUGAAGAACAAGAACCCUGCCCUGAAGGUGAUGAUCGCCAUCGGAGGCUGGAACGAAGGAGGCAAGAAGUACUCGGAGAUGGCCUCGAGCAAGCAGAGGAGAGAGAAGUUCGUGGCCUCCGUCGUGAGUUUCCUGCAGGAGCACAAGUUCGAUGGUCUCGAUUUGGAUUGGGAGUACCCUGGCGCCAGCGACCGCGGAGGCCGCUGGUCUGACAAGGCUAACUUCGCCGACCUUGUGGAGGAACUCGCAGCAGCUUUCCAACCUUACGGGUGGAUCCUGUCUGCCGCCGUGUCUCCCGCUAAGUUCCGCGUAAACGAAGGCUACGACGUGCCUCGCCUGGCCCAGCACCUCGACUUCAUCAACAUCAUGACCUACGACCUCCGAGGACCCUGGGACGGCAAGGCUGACCACCACGCCCCCAUCUCUUCCCGCCCAUCUGACAGCUGGGCGUACAAGGCCCUGAACACGAAGGACGGCAUCGCAUACUGGGCCGAGAAGGGCGCCCCGAAGGAGAAGCUCCUGAUGGGCAUUCCCUUCUACGGCCGCACCUUCACCCUCGCCUCGUCCAGCACUCAGCCCGGGUCACGGGCGAAGUCUGGUGGUAACGAGGGACAGUACACUCAGGAGAGAGGCUUCCUUGCUUAUUACGAAGUGUGCCAAGAGAUGCGCAAUGGCGGCUGGGACAUGCAGCAGGACGCAGUGGGAGGACCGUACAUGAGCAAGGGAGACCAGUGGAUCGGCUGGGACGACGUCGAUUAUGUCACCAAGAAGAUGGAGCUGGUGAAGUCCGAGGGCCUGGGCGGCGCCAUGAUUUGGGCCAUCGACCUGGACGACUACCUGGGUGUGUGCGGAGACAAGUGGCCUCUCCUGUCGGCCAUGCGUCGUGGUCUCGGUCUGAAGUCCGUACCAACGGACGCCAUUCCCGUCACCCCUCCGACAGCACCUCCGACGCCCGCCACCACCAAAGUCACCCCGGCUGCUCCAGCUGUUGAGGAAACGAUGCCAGAACAAAGCGCGACACAAACGCCCUCCGACACCGAGGACAUGACAACGUUACCUCCGACCACCCUCACGCCCACGGAAGCGACGCCGGCCCCUAAUUUCACCUGUCCAGGACCCGGCUUUUUCCGAUCGGCCGAGGACUGCGCCGUGUACUUCCUCUGCGACUCGUCUCUCAUGGCCUACAAGUUCGUGUGUCCCGCUGGCCUCGUCUUCGACACCCUUCGACGCUUGUGCAACUGGCCGCGUCACGUCAAGUGCGGGGCAGCCUCUUCACCUCUCACAAAGAAAGCCAUCAGCUGUAACAAAGAUGGUUUGUACAGUGACGAGUACGACUGUCGCAUGUUUACGAGGUGUAAGAAUGGCGUGGCGUCGAGAUAUUACUGCCAGCACGGACUUUUCUUCAAUCCCAAGACAGGAGUGUGCACAGAACCCGACCAGAAGUUCUGUCUGCCUGGACAAUCCGUCAUGAUUGAAGCUUCUGACAAGACUGAGAUAACGCUUAAGAUGGCUCAGAGGGCAGGCGCAGAAAAGAGAGUAGUGUGUUAUUUCACCAGCUGGGCCUACUAUAGACCCUCUCCCCACAAUUUCGCCCCUGAAUAUGUGGACCCAACUCUCUGCACCCACAUCAUAUACGCGUACGCUAUGUUGGACGGCUCCGAACUCAUCAUGAAGUCGCUCGAUCCUUAUCUGGACUUCGAUUAUAACUUCUACCAGCGCAUCCUAGGCCUGAAGAGAGAGGCGCCGAACUUGAAAGUGAUGCUGGCGCUGGGGGGGUGGGUGGACUCCGCCGGUGACAAGUACUCUCGCCUUGUGAACAACCCGAAGGCCAGAGCGAAGUUCGUCGAACACACAACGGCUGUUCUAGAAGCAUAUCGUUUCGACGGACUGGACUUCGGCUGGAUGUACCCGCGCUGCUGGCAAAUGGACUGCUCCAAGGGCCCUACCUCAGAUGUCUCGGGCUUUUCUAGUCUUAUAAAGGAACUGAAAAUGGCCUUCGAGCGAGUCUCCCCGCCGUUCCUGCUCUCCGCCGCCGUCUCGCCCGCCCGCAACACGAUCGACAGGUCCUACGACGUCCCGACGCUCUCUCGCUACCUGGAUUUCAUCAACGUCAUGACGUACGACUUCCACGGCGCUUGGGAGAAGGAGACUGGGCACGUCUCGCCCCUCAAGUUCAGGGACGGCGAUAGGUACGCUUCUCAAAACACGGAUUACGCCAUGAAGCAUUGGGUCCAGAGGGGCGCCGACCCUUCGAAGCUGGUGAUGGGCAUCCCCUUCUACGGCCAGACCUUUACCCUGGCCAACCCGCUACAGAACGGCCUCCGCGCGCCGGUGUCCAGGAACGGGGACGAGGGAUCGGUCACCCACCAGAGGGGCAUGAUGGCCUACUUUGAGAUUUGUAAGAUUGUUCGCACCCCCGGCUGGACCAAGGUCGUGGACGCCAAGGGUGCCAUCGGGCCGUUUGCGUACAAAGGCGACCAGUGGUACAGCUACGAGGACCCCGACUCCGUCACCAGAAAAGCCAACUAUAUCCUCAGCAGCGGCUACGGCGGAGCCAUGGUGUGGGAUCUCAGCUUCGACGACUUGCUGAACACCUGCUGCCGCGAGUCCAUGCCGCUCCUGCGUGCCAUCAACAGGGUCCUGCGAUCUGUGCCCUAUCCGCCGCCCAGACCCGGAGGAGGCGACUGCACGAGGCCGUCCGUGGACACUACCCCCCCGACGCCCACGCGCACGACUAGCUAUAGCCCAGUCAUCCAGGGCAAACCCACGGAAUCCACCUGGAACGACUUACUCAAUAACACCGUCACGAAAUCCACCCCGUCGUGGCAAACCCCCUGGACGCCCACAACCCCGAGGCCGCAACCACCUACCACCAGAAGUACCACCUCAACCACGCAGACAACCCCUCGCACCACUUCGCCCUGGUGGGUCAAGCCUACAACCUCCACGACCCCAAGGACGACGACCUGGUGGUGGAGGCCCUCAACCACGGACACAACGACUCGAAUGCCGAUCACCAGAACCACGACUCCGACCACCACCACCACCACGACGAUGACCUCCAGGCCGAAGCCACAACCCACGCCUCCCGCUGCAGGAGGUGGCAAGUACCCGGGCGAAGCUUGUACAAGCGGGGAUUAUUAUCCUAAAGCGGGCGACUGCGGCUCCUUCCUAAGAUGUAUUAACGGGUUGCUAGAAGAAGCUCGCUGUGCCCCGGGGCUGCACUGGAACCAAGCGAAGAAGAUUUGCGACUGGCCACAGAAUGCCAGGUGUGGGAAAGAGCCAAGCAGGCCGACGACCACUCCUCCCCCUUUCUCGACCAACAGGCCCACCACCACUCCUUGGUGGCAGCGUCCUACACCUCCUACCACACUUACUCAGACACGCCCUACCAGACCUUGGUGGCAACCCAUACAAACUUCCACACGUCCCACCAGCAGACCACCCUGGUGGCAGUCCACACGCUCCACCUUCUUAUCAUCUUCCACCACCACUACCGCCCCUCCAGCUGCCCGUCCCUCGCCGCCGUCGCCCUCGGAGUCCGGCGAGGAGUCCUGCGACGAAGGCAAGACUUCGGGAGUGCCAGGCGACUGCAGCAGCUUCCGACAGUGCCACAACGGCGACUGGGUGGUGCUCUCGUGCGCCCCCGGCCUGCACUGGAACGACCGCCUCAAGAUCUGCGACUGGCCUCAGAGGGCCCGUUGUAAGAGUACCGCCACCACCCGCGGCCCCGACAUGUUCAAGAAAUCCACCUGCACCACGGAGGGAGAGGCGUAUGCGGGCCCCCAAUGCACCGCUGUAGUCCGUUGCGCUGCAGGAGAGCUAGUCGUGCAGCACUGCACAGGCGGCCUCGUGUGGAACAAUGAGCGGGCUGCGUGCGACUUCCCCUCCAACGUUCCCCAAUGCUCGGGCGUUACGCUCACGCCAGCCUCCGAAGCUCUCCGUCCCGCUGAAAUCACGGGAACCACGAUAUCCAACAAGCUCAUCACGCCCAGCGUCGACGUGAACCUCCCCUGCAACGAAGGCUCGUACAUCCGCGACCCGAAGGACUGCAGCUCGUACAUGCUCUGCGUGCAUGGCGAAUGGCAGAAGUUCAGUUGCCAGCCGCCCUUGCAAUGGGACCAGAACAAGCGAAUCUGCGACUGGCCGAGCAACGUGAAGUGCACCCCGAGUGACCCUGGCACCGGGAGCUCUCCGGACUCCACAGGUUCCGCCAUCAUCCAGACCACGCCCACGCCCAAGCCCACGCCCCCACCGCCGUCGGUAGAGCUUGAGUCGGUCAGGCCUUCAGGUUCCCUUUCAGGAGACUACAUGGUCGUGUGUUACUUCACCAACUGGGCGUGGUACAGACCGGGCUUGGGCAAAUACAAGCCAGAAGACAUUGACCCAACGAUCUGUACCCACAUCGUCUACGGCUUUGCGGUUCUCGACUACAGCAACCUCAUCAUCAAACCCCAUGAUACCUGGGCUGAUUUUGAUAACAAAUUCUACGAGAAGGUCACAGCACUGAAGGCGAAGGGUAUUAAGGUCACCAUCGCUAUCGGUGGCUGGAACGACUCUGCCGGCGACAAGUACAGUCGUCUGGUGAACAACCCAGCCGCUCGAGCAAAAUUCAUCACCCACGUCGUCGAGUUCAUCAAGAAACACAACUUCGAUGGUCUGGAUCUCGACUGGGAGUACCCCGUCUGCUGGCAGGUUGACUGCAAGAAGGGGCCGCCCUCCGACAAGGAAGCCUUCGCUAUGUGGGUCAAGGAACUCAGCGUCGCCUUCAAGCCUCACGGUCUCCUUCUCUCGGCUGCCGUGUCGCCCAGCAAGAAGGUCAUUGACGCAGGCUACGACGUCCCCACUCUGAGUCAGUACAUGGACUGGAUCGCCGUCAUGACCUACGAUUUCCACGGUCACUGGGACAAGAAGACAGGUCACGUUGCUCCUAUGUACCACCAUCCUGAAGACGACUACGACUAUUUCAACAUGGACUACGCCAUCCGCUACUGGAUCGAGAAGGGCGCCGCCAAGAACAAGCUAGUCCUCGGAAUGCCUCUGUACGGCCAGUCCUUCUCCCUCAACGACCCCACAAACACCGGCCUGAACUCCCCGGCGAGGAGCGGAGGACAAGCGGGACAGUUCACGAGGGCGCGAGGAUUCCUGGCUUAUUAUGAGAUUUGUCACUUCAUUCAACAAGGCUGGACUGUCGUGACGGAUCCUGAGGGAAGAAUGGGACCUUAUGCCUACUCUGGAAACCAAUGGGUAUCCUUCGACGACGUGGAAACUAUUAGGAGGAAGUCUGAAUACAUCCGCGAAAUGGGUCUUGCGGGCGGCAUGGUCUGGGCCCUCGACCUCGACGACUUCAGGAAUCGCUGCGGACAGGGCGCUCACCCGCUCAUGAACACCAUCAAGGCAGUGCUGGGCCCGGCCAAAGGACCUGUGGAAAGGCCAGGGCUAGAGUCAGGGUCAGGGUCAGUGCCAGAGCCAGAGCCAAUACCAGAGCCAGUGCCAGUGCCAGAGCCAGAGCCAGUGCCAGUGCCAGUGCCAGAGCCAGUGUCAGUGCCAGAGCCAGUGUCAAUGCCAGAGCCAGUGCCAGUGCCAGAGACAAAUCCACCUUCGACACAGAUCGUGACUCCAAGCGGCUCAGACUACAAGGUGGUCUGCUACUUCACCAACUGGGCCUGGUACCGACCUGGGGAAGGAAAGUACACUCCGGACCACAUCGACGCCUCCCUUUGCACCCACAUCGUCUACGGCUUCGCGGUUCUCAACGGCAACAACCUCCUGAUCAAACCCCACGACACAUGGGCCGAUUUUGAUAAUAAGUUCUACGAGCGCGUGACAGCUCUCAGAGCCCAGGGUGUCAAGGUCCUAGUGGCUAUCGGAGGCUGGAACGACUCUGCAGGCAAUAAGUACAGUCGUCUUGUGAACAACCCAGCUGCUCGGGCUAAGUUCACUGAACACGUUAUUCAGUUCAUUCAGCAGAAUAACUUCGAUGGUCUGGAUCUCGACUGGGAGUACCCCGUCUGCUGGCAGGUGAACUGCAACAAAGGCCCCGCUUCCGACAAGGACGCCUUCUCCGCCUGGGUGAGGGAGCUCAAGAUGGCCUUCGAACCUCACGGGCUCCUGCUCUCUGCUGCCGUGUCUCCGAGCAACAAGGUCAUCGACGCCGGUUACGACGUUCCGGUUCUGAGCCAAUACCUGGACUGGAUCGCUGUCAUGACCUACGAUUAUCACGGUCAGUGGGACAAGAAGACAGGUCACGUCGCCCCCAUGUAUGCUCACUCCACAGACGAGAAUCUUGCGUUUAACACAAACUUCACCAUUCACUACUGGAUCGAGAAGGGCGCCGACCGCAAGAAGCUGGUCCUGGGAAUGCCCAUGUACGGCCAGUCCUUCACCCUCGCCAGCAGCCAGGACAACGGCCUCCUUCAGAAGUCCUACGGAGGCGGCGAAGCAGGACAGUACACUCGAGCCCGCGGCUUCUUGGCCUAUUAUGAGAUUUGCUACAAGAUCAGGAGCGGAGGCUGGACGGUCGUGCGAGACAGCGAAGGCACCAUGGGACCGUACGCUUACAAGGGGAACCAGUGGGUCGGAUUCGAUGACGUUCACACCAUCAGAUACAAGUCCGAGUACAUCAAGAAAAUGGGUCUGGGCGGCGGCAUGAUCUGGGCCCUCGACCUCGACGACUUCAAGAACCGCUGCGGCUGCGAGACGCACCCUCUCCUCAGGACGAUCAACCGCGUACUGAGGAACAUCCCCGUGCCGGACCCGAAAUGCCCCUUGCUCGGAGGCGCCCAACCCACCAUGGGCGUUGUCUCACCAGGCACAAUAGUCGUGCGUGAUCCGACCGUCAUCUCGCCUGUGACGCCCAAACCGGUCAUCGCGGUCACCCCCACUACAACCAGAGGGAGCGAGUGCCAGACCGGAGAGCGCCGCGCCCAUCCCUCCAACUGCAACAUGUACUACGAGUGUGUCUUCGGCAAGUUUGAGGAGAGGAGGUGCUUCGCCGGAUUGCACUGGAACGGCAAGGACCGCUGCGACUGGCCAAGUAAUGCAAGAUGUGCCAGUGGUCCUCCACCGUCCGAGCCCAUCAAUAAGCCCACCACGCCCACGCCCACGACCACGUCCAACCCCUGGUGGCCGCCAUCUUCCACCACCACGGCUUCCAUCCCCACGACACCCCCUACCCACAUUGAGACGAUCAUCCCAGACACAGGAUACAAGGUGGUAUGCUACUUCACCAACUGGGCCUGGUAUCGACAAACCGCCGGCAAGUACAGACCCGAGGACAUUGAUCCCAACCUCUGCACUCAUAUCGUAUACGGUUUUGCUGUUCUGGACGGCACUCGGCUCCUCAUCAAACCCCACGACACUUGGGCUGAUUAUGAUAACAAGUUCUACGAAAAGGUAACCGCACUGAGGGCGAGAGGCAUCAAGGUCACCAUCGCUAUCGGUGGCUGGAACGACUCCGCCGGGGACAAGUACAGUCGCCUAGUGAACAAUCCCGAAGCUCGUAGGAAGUUCAACGAGCAUGUUAUUGAGUUCAUCAAGAGACACAACUUCGACGGUCUCGAUCUGGAUUGGGAAUAUCCCGUCUGCUGGCAGGUGAACUGCAAGAAGGGACCUGCCUCUGACAAAGCUGCUUUUGCCGAAUGGAUCAAGGAACUCCACUACGCUUUCAAGCCUCACGGUCUGCUCCUCUCCGCCGCCGUUUCUCCGAGCAACAAGGUCAUCGACGCUGGCUACGACGUCCCCGCUCUGAACCGCUACCUGGACUGGAUCGCCGUCAUGACCUACGAUUAUCACGGUCACUGGGACAAGAAGACAGGUCACGUCGCCCCCAUGUAUCUUCACCCUGAUGACGAGAAUGUACACUUCAACUCUAACUUCACCAUUCACUACUGGAUGGAGAAGGGCGCCGACCGCAAGAAGCUGAUCAUGGGCAUGCCACUGUACGGCCAGUCCUUCUCCCUGGCCUCGGCUUCCGACAACGGACUCAACCAGAAGGCGUACGGACGGGGCACCGCAGGAGAGUACACGAGGGCUGGCGGCUUCCUGGCUUACUAUGAGAUCUGCGACCGCGUCCUGAACAAAGGCUUCACCGUAGUCAAGGAUCCCGAGGGCAGAAUGGGUCCUUAUGCCUACAAGGGAAAUCAGUGGUUCGGAUACGAUGACAUCGCUAUGAUCAGAUACAAGUCUGAAUGGGUCAAGAAGAUGGGUCUGGGCGGCGGCAUGAUCUGGGCCCUCGACCUCGACGACUUCACCAACCGCUGCGGCUGCGAACCACACCCUCUCCUCCGCACCAUCAACAGAGUCCUGAGGAGCCAUCCCGACCCAGAUCCUAGGUGCAACAUGUAAGGAGGAGGAUAUAGGGAGGGAGGCGUGGCCGGAGGAGGGACGCUGAUAUCCGAUUUCGACGAAUGUUCUCGCUCGAGCGGGUGUGCGGCGGCCGAUGCUGAUCUGCUUUAUCGGAACCUGAGAGUUAGAUAAAGGGCUUAGCUGCUGUGUCAUAGGGAUUGUUGAUAUGCUGGGAGUAUCAGUCGAAAGGAAAUGAGUUGGUUAAGCAUACUCGCGCCUUAUGAGUUGUCAUAGUGUGGUGGCGAGCAAGGUGAAUACAAUGUUUCCUUGAUUAUAAAAUCAGAUUAAAGAAGAGGAAAAAAAGAAGGACAAAACAUCACAGAUAAAGAGAUUAGCUAUCGACGUGUCUGUAAAUAAAGAACCUUAUACAAAAUGACCAAGAGUAACCAUACAUAAGCAUUCACAAGUCCCUAAACGGAGACACCUCAUCUUCUUCGGCCCACCCCUUCCUCCCUCCCCCUCCCUCCCCGCAACCCCCGGUGCAUCACUAAGGGGCAUACAGGGGGUUCGGCGUGACGACCUCUGCUAUGCCUUGAGGUUUGUAGUUCGCUCAUCCAGGAGAGGCUAAUAAUUCUGCUACCUGAGCGACGAGAGGGAAAAGCGACGUCUUUCCCAAAUUGAAAAAAAAAAAGAUCGGAGUCGUUCGUUGCGUGCUCCCUCUCGCCCUCCUUUCCUCCCUCCAUCCGCUUCCUUUUGGCUCCUCUCUUCUCUCUUUCUCCUCCUUGUUGACAUGAUUGUCAGCCUCGGCAGUGCAAUAUUAAAAGGAGAAUCAGAAUGAGCGCAACACUCUGCAAAAAAAAAGAAAAAAAAAAUGCUACGCGAUAUUUCAAAGUCGGGCUCCUGGUGCCUCCACCCCUCCCCCCCAGUGAUAAUUUAUUGGAAUAUGAGAUCGUGUUUUCUGCUACGAUUUCAGACUUCCUUAUUGUUAUUAUCGUUAUCAUUACUGAUAUCUUCGUGUAUUUACUUUCUACACAUUUACACUUUGCUGCCAGAGUGCCAAAUCUAUGCUGUGUCGCGCAAUGUUAUUAUUUUUAUCUAUUAUUAUUAUUAUUAUUAUCAUUAUUAUUAUUAUUAUUAUUAUCAUUAUUAUUAGCAUUGUAAUGAUUAAUCAUUAUUACUAUGAUUUAUUACUGUCCUCCUAUUAGGCCACGAGUCUGGCCUUGUGGCAUUAUCUAUUCUUAUUAUUUAUCAGUAAAAUAUAAUAAAAUCC